AUGUCGUUGACACCGGAUCAAGUCAAGCUUAUCAAAGCAACUGUGCCCGUGUUGAAAGAGCAUGGCAACACGAUCACUACCCAUUUCUACGACCUACUUCUCAAGGAGAACCCUUCUCUGAAUGGUAUUUUCAAUCAAACGAAUCAGAAAAACGGACAUCAAGCAGGUGCAUUGGCUGGCAGCUUGUACGCAUACGCCUCGCAUAUCGAUGGCUUGGGUUUACUGUCUCCUGCUGUUGAAAAGAUUUGCCAUAAGCAUGCGAGUAUGUACGUACAACCCGAGCAUUACGAUGUCGUGGGGACGUAUCUGUUACGCUCUAUGGGUGAUGUGCUUGGUGAGGCCUUGACGCCGGAGAUACUCGAGGCUUGGGGACAGGCGUAUUGGCAAUUGGCGGAUAUUAUGAUCAAGCAAGAAGACUCACUCUACAAGUCGGCCGGUCCUUGGACAUCCUGGCGCGACUUCCGCAUCUCGAAGAAGAUCCCCGAGUCUGAGGAGAUUACGUCUUUCUACCUUCAUCCUGUGGAUGCAAAGCCAUUGCCUUCUUACCUACCUGGCCAAUAUAUCAGUGUCGCCACCUCUGUCCCAUCACUCCACCAUGAUCAAAAUCGCCAAUACUCGCUCUCCACCGCGCCAUCACCAGACCACUACCGCAUCAGUGUAAAGCGCGAAUCUGCCGUCAAAGAAGGAGAUAUUACUCACCCAGCCUACAUCUCCAAUAUCCUGCACUCCGACAAGAAAGAAGGAGAUAUCCUUCAAGUGUCGCAUCCUUACGGCGAGUUCUAUGCCGAUCCCAAGGAAAACAGCAACGGAGCUCUGAUCUUAAUUUCCGCAGGUGUGGGAAUUACUCCGAUGGUCUCUAUCCUCGAUACUUUUGUUCAGGAGAACAAGGAUCGUAAAAUUAGUUUUAUCCAUGCGACGAGGUCAUCUGGUGUUCAAGCUUUUGGAUCUCAUAUCCGGGAUACUGUUUGCAAGUACCCACAGAUCACAUCGGUCAUCUUCAACAAACUUCCCUCGGUGGAUGCAAAGCAAGGCACAGAUUAUGACUUUGCUUGCCGCAUGGAUCUGGAUAAGCUGGACAAGCAACAGGAUCUGUGUCUAGGUGACAAGCAAGCAACCUAUUACGUCUGUGGUCCUAGCGGCUUUAUGAGGGAUAUGGGAAACAAACUCAAGAAUUAUGGAGUCGAGGAACAGAGAAUCAAGUUGGAGAUCUUUGGUACGGGAAAUCUGUCGUAA